AGAUUGUAAACAAAAGUAAUACAAACAAUAUUAGUGACUGUGACUGUAGAUUAAAUGUGUUGAUAAAAUAUUUUAAAUUUAUAAAUUGUAUGACAUCAUAUUGUUUCCUAAGUACUUCACAUAAAGAAAGUCUUAUAAUUUCAUAAUAAUAGUAUUACAAAUUUUUUUAAGACUUAAUUGUUGUCAAUAACCAUAUGAGUAUAAGAAAAGGUGACUUUGGUAUCUGGAAAAGAUAAAAACUUCCAAGAUGAACGAAUACGAAUCUUUCACUAACUAUCCAUUUCCUACAAUACAGCCUCUAGAAGUUGGUGCCAGACAGGAAUUUACUGCUAAUCAAAGCCAUCAAAAAGACUCUUUUUUUGGUUAUAAACCACAGGAAAUUGCCCUUCGACCUGAUGCACCAGAAUUUAUUCCUUCAUGGCUAAAAGAAGGAUCAAACUCUAAUUUAUCUGAAGCAGAAGAUCAUUGUCAAUGUGUGCCCACUUUUACACCAAAUUUUCAGGUUGAUGAUGUAUUAAAAAGUUCCCGGGUAAGAGGUGACGUGAUUAAUGAGAGGGAGCAAAUUCGAAAAAGCAGUGUAUUUGAUUUAAAUAAGGUAGUAGAUGCCCCUGCAUUUGAACCUGGAAAACAUCAUGCUGAUAUUGUAAAACCAUAUCAAGAUCUCUAUAACAACAAUAAUAAAGCUCAUUUUCACACAGAUAAAUCACAUCACCAUCAAAACUCCAAUCAAUUUGGGAAUGGAGCAGAGACACAUAUCGUUGAACCCCAACUGCAUAAAGUUAAAAACCCAGUUUAUCCACAAGUUCAUAGCACAUUCCACAAUAUAAGUACAACUAAUUAUUAUGGAACUGUAAAAGCCAACCCUAGUCAAAAUUAUAAUACCGAAUAUGAAACAAGAAAAGCAAUUGACGGAAAUAUUGGUUAUGGUUAUGAUGGAAAUAUUAGUUCUACAGAAAUUGUGCAUUCUAAUCAAUCACGAGCAAUUGAAAGUCCAAAUUCAACGUCCAGGCCUCAUAGGAAUUAUCCUAGUCAAGAAUAUAAAAAUGAGGAUUUUGCUAGAUCAAAAGAAGAUUACAGACCUUCCAGAAGAGAACAUAUAGAAUCUAGAAAUACAGGAUCAAAAUCAUAUGCAAGUAAACUAAAUAAACAAAGGACCGAAUCCAUCCCAUCAGAAACAAAUAACCCUAAUCGAAAUAAUGCAAAUGAAAACAAGUAUAGAGAUCCUGUGGAACUUAUGAGAUACAGAAAUAAAAAUUCUACCCAAUCUUUAAAAGAACAUCCACUUAAUGAUAUUAGUACUUGUGGGGUACCUGUUGAAAGUAAAACAUCAAAUCAAGGAUCUAUUGGAAAUCACGAAAAAGAAGUAAUUGAAAAAGGAAUAGAUAAAAUAGUAAAGAACGAUGACAGUCAUGAAAGUAUUGAUAAGCCAUCUAGAGAAAAUUCAAAACUUAUGAGAUAUAGUAAAAGAGAAGUAUAUGAAUCUAAAAAUUAUACUAAAUACAUGCGAGACAGCAAAGGUAAAAAUUUUAAUAAUGUGGAUGAUGAACGUGAACUAGAUGAAAAUGCAGAGAAAAUAUCUCAAUGGGAAAUCAACCACGAGUUAUUAAAAGAAAGGUUUAAGAAUCAAAAUCAUAGUCAUGCACAAAAUCGUACAGCCAUAAGUGAAUAUAACAAAGACACGGUAAAUUCAGAUACGUCUACACUACCCAGUGAAUUUGAGGAAAGUGCAAGAAUUGAUAAAGGAAUUAGAUCUAGACAUUCUUUCGGGGAAUAUCGAGACUAUGAAAAGCGCUCUACUGAAGUUUUAUUUACAGGUAGACGAAGUGAUGGUAAGCCUAGAGACCUAAAACAAGAAAGAGGUUAUCAAAAAACAGAGAUAUCUAAUGAAUUGACGAGUGUUGCACAGAUGUUUGACAAAACAUAUGCCGAGGAAGACGAUGAAUACAAGCAAUUUUUGGAAGAAUUGCAAAGUAAAACAACCCCGGACUUUUCUAAAAUUCAAGAAGAGAAUAGAGAUUUGUUUGACAUGCCAGAGGAUUGGUCUUUGGCGCAUUGUGUAGCCGAGGAUCUUAGGAUGGGAAGUGGAAUAGCGGUUGUAUUUAGAAAUGUUUAUAACCAUGUGGAUAUUCUCCUUAAUCAACAUCAGAAGCCUGGAGGAUUGGCUUGUUUAAAACUUAGCAAAAAGUAUAUAUUUUAUUUAAUAACAAAGACAAAGUCUAACGGUAAACCAACGUAUAAAGAUUUUUGGUGCUCAAUGAAGAAGUUGAGGGACGUAAUUAAACAGUUACAAGUCGUAAAAUUAGCUGUACCUGCACUUGGUUGUGGUUUGGAUCGACUAGACUGGUUUACAGUUAAACAUAUGAUAUCAUUUUUAUUUAAAGACAUACCGAUUAAUAUAGUCGUGUGUAAAUUUCGUCAAAACGAAGAGGAACCGCCUUCGAACUAUCGUUCUGUUAAAUUUAAGAACGUCAAAGACAGUAUUUGUAAUGCCACAGAAUCUGUUUUACUGUAUUUUACAACACUAACUUCGCAUAUCUCUGAAGAGAUGAUUGAAUUGGACAAGAAAUUCAAUUUCUUACAACAUCUUCGAAGUGAAACCAAAGGCUAUGGUAGUUGUGUAGUAUAUAGAUCCAAAAACAUUAUAUUAUGUGGUUGUUUGGUUCGAAAAACUAUUGAUGACAGAUUUGAUUUUGUUAGUUUUAGAAGAUCUCUCGAAGAAGUAAAAAAGCAUGUUAAAGAUAAUAUUGCUGUUGAAUAUAUCAUAGACGAAAAUGAUGAUUUAUUGUUUACCAAAGUGAUAACUGUUUUGUUAAAUACUUUUAAAGAUAUCACUGUUAAUAUUUAUAAAGGAAAUUUUGAUGUUUCGUUUGGAGAACUCUAAUUUUGGCAGGCCAUUGUAGAGAGUAGUUUACUCAGUUAUUUUCAUUUUUUUGUACAUAAAAGAUAAGACGCGCCAGUCGUUCUAAAUUUUUGAGAAGCCUUAUAGUAUUAUUCAACAUCAUCAGUGAUGUUACAUCUCAUUAUGAAUCAGAGUCUUCUUUAUCCUCCAUUCCCCUAUCUCUUCCAACUUUUGUCCACCCUUUACACUUAGCAGAUUUUAUGUCAUCCACAGUUAACCAAGUACCCUAAGUUCCGGUCUUCAUCUGGUUCGUCGUCCUAACAGUCGUCUUCUGUCAAAAACUUUUUUGUUGUGUCGUAUUUCCUCCUCCUCUAUCUGUUCUCCUUCGUAAGGAUGUAGUGGCGUCAUGUAAGUCGUUUGACUAUUUCUAUCCAAUCCUCUCUCCUGUACGUGUUGUUUUGCUUCGGAGAACGAGUAACCAGUCAUGUCCCUUAUUUGGUCCGACCAUCGUAAUGGAGAUCUUCCUCUGGAUCUUCUGCCCUCUACGUUACCUUCAACUAUCAUUCGUUCCAUGCCUUCCCUUCUUCUAGUUAUAUGUCCAAAAUAUCUCAGUAUAUUUUGGUUGAUAGUUGUGCUGAGUCUAGUUUUUAUGUUAAGUUCGGCUAAUAUUGAAUUAUUUGUGCGAUGUGCGGUCCAUGGUAUGCGCAACAUUCUCCGGUAGACCCACAUUUCAAAUGCCAUUAUACGUUUUGAAUCUGCUUUUUUGAUGGUCCAAGUUUCUGAAGCGUAGGUGGCGAUAGGAAAUAUUAACGCUCGAACAAGGCGUAAUUUUGUGUUUUUUUUUUGUUUUUUUUUGUGUCGUAUUUACACUUGAUUAAAUGCUGUAUUCAUGUGAGCCGUGUUACGUACAUAACAAUCCUAGAUAUAUGAAGCAGCAUUUAUUUUUACAGCUACUUUAGGGUAAGAAUAGAACAAGUGGGUCGCGGUGGAGGUGGAGGUCGCGGUCGAUGUCGAUAUCCAUGUAAAACAAACACAUUGUAGUAAAUGGAAGAGAACAGAGCAGGUAAGUCGCGGUGGAGGUUUAGCGAUGCCAUCCAGGAGGUUUACAUCGAUGCUUUUGAAAAUAAAAUGAGUUUGUUUUACAUGGAUGUCUACUGCGCGGCCUACAAUGAUGCUUCCCUGUGAUUGGUCCGUUCGAAGCCAAGUGGUCAUUACCUGCGCUAUCUGAGAUGAUACUUUUUAUAUAAUCCCUUUUUUGUAAUCAGUUUAUUUUUAAAUUUCUAAAGCAGUAAAUUCAGUAAAUUUUUGAAAUAUGAAGGAUUAUCUGAUUAUUUACAGCUGACAUUUCAUCACUAUCAUCACUUGACUGACACAACAUCGCAAAAUCACAGUCUUUUUGCCAUUCAAAUUUCAUUAAACUAAUUCACUUGACAGUGGUUCUAGCUCGACUGACAGCGCAGAUGACCUCCUUGCUAUGUGCUGUCGACAUCGACCGCGACUUAACUAGUAGCAUCCACCGCGACCUACACCUCCACCUCAACCCACUUGUUCACUAGUUGAAGCUAGAACCACUAUCAAGUGAAGUAGUUUAAUGAAAUUUGAAUGACAAAAAGACUGUGCUUUUGCGAUUUUGUGUCAGUCAAGUAAUGAUAGUGAUGAAAUGUCAGCUUUAAAUAAUCGGAUCCUCCUUCAUAUUUCAAAAAUUUACUGAAUUUAAUUACUUUAGAAAUUCAAAAAUAAACUGAAUACAAAAAAAGGAUUAUAUAAAAAGUAUCAACUCAGAUAGCGCAGGUAAUAACUUGGAUUCGAACGGACCAAUCACAGGGUCGCGCAGUAGACAUCCAUGUAAAACAAACUCAUUUUAUUUUCAAAAGCAUCGAUGUAAACCUCCUGGAUGGCAUCGCGCUAAACCUCCACCGCGACUUACCUGCUCUGUUCUCUUCCAUUCACUACAAUGUGUUUGUUUUACAUGGAUAUCGACCGCGACCUCGCAUCUCCACCGCGACCUCGCAUCUCCACCGCGACCUCGCAUCUCCACCGCGACCCACUUGUUCUGUUCUUCCCCUUAGGUCACUUUGAAGUGAACUAAAAAUCGUCUAGUUGCCUUAGAAGUAUAUUGUUGUCCUGAAUUACGACUUUUUUCUUACUUUUCGAUAAUAGUUUCCUCAUUUAUUUGUCUCCAUCAUUGGUUUUUUCUCCUAUGGAUUCUCCUCGUUAUCUCUGGAAAGCCUAGGUAUUGGUUUCUGCAAGUCAUCAUAGAAUACAAGUCUUUGUUGGAAGAUUCUAGAAUUUGCCAAUAUUCCACAAUUUUUAUAUAAAUAACUCGAUAAGGCACAUGGCAUAACUUAUAUUGGAAAUAUUUUAACUAGAUUCGUGGGCUCAAAAUAUAACGGUUUAACACAAAUCACCUGGUCCGAAAAUACUUCUUAAAGGAGCUAGAGCUCUUGAAGAUGGAGUUUUGUAAUUAGUUUUUUAAAUACCUCCAAAAUGCUUCUAUUUAGUACGACAACUGGUACGCUUAUUUAUCUUUCAGAGAUAAAUCGAUUCCAUAAAUUGCGAAUUUCUGGUACCAGUCAUAGGCGUCCGUUUUGGCUAGGGCAACGGAUAUUUUAUAGCAUAACUUUUUGUCUUUGACCUUUAAGCAUUUUUGACACUGGAUUAUUAAAUUGUGAGAUAUUCUAGUACUAACAGGUACUAUUGCUUUAAGUCGGUACAAUACACCGUUUUCUAGAAAAAUUGAUUUGAAAAUUUUGCUUUUUUUAAUUUGAAAAAUUUUUUCAAAAUAAAACUAUUUAGAAAAUCGAAAACUAGUACGUUUAUUUAUCUUUAAUCGAGAUAAGUCGAUUUCAUAAAUUGUGAAUUUCUAGUACCGGUCAGUCACAUGCGUCCGUUUUGAGUAGGUCAACAGUUGUCUUCUCAUACUAUUUUUUGUGUCUUGAAUUUUUAGGCAUUUUGACACUAGAUUAUUAAAUUUGAGGUAUUCUAGUACUAAAAGUUACUCUUGCUCUUGCAAAUUUUGUUCAAAUUCAAAAAACGAAGAAUUUUCAAAUUAAUUUUUCUAGAAAACGGUGUAUUUUACAGACUUUUAGCAAGAGUACCUUUUAGUACUAGAAUAUCCCCCAAAAUAAUAAAAUUGUGUCAAAAAUGCUUAAAAGUUAUGCGAUAAAAUAACCGUUGCCCUACCCAAAAGGGACGCGUAUGACCGGUACUAGAAAUUCUCAAUUUAUGGAAUCGAUUUAUCUCUGGAAGAUAAAUAGACGUACAAGUUUUAGUGUUUCUAAAUAGAAGCGUUCUAAAGGUAUUUAAAAAACUAAAUAAAAGACGCCAUCUUCAAAGAGCUCCCUUAGGAAGCAUUUUCGGACUAGGUAAUUUGGGUUAAACCGUAACAUUUUGAGCCCAGGAAUCUACAGCUAAAAUAUUUCCGAUUAUUAAUGAAACACCCUAUAUACGUGCUAAAAUAGGUACAUGGAAAUAUUUUUGUACAAAAACAUGGUAAACAAAAAAAAGUAAGAAAAAAUGCCUAAGUAACUGGAUUUAGACGAAAAAACAUCGCUACUAACUGUAGUAGACAAAUACUUAGUAUUAUUUGUCUAUUACAUUAUUUGUCUAUUACACUGCCAUCACUUUCAAUUUACAUUUAAAGUGUUAUUUUCGAGUAAAACCAUUAAAACAAUUAAAAAAAUGUUAUUAACUUAGGUUUCUUUAAUACAUAAUGCAGUAAAAUAAAACUGUGGCUUGCCAAUAUGUUUCAAUAAGCUCUAUAUAUACAGUGCGCUGGAAUAAGUGUUACACCCCCCUUAUUAACUUAUUUAUUUUUAAUACAAACAGAAUAAAAGAUUACAUUAUUACCGAGGGCUGAAAGUCCCCUAGAAUAAACAAAAAGUUUCUUUUCAAUGAUAUAUUUGAAAUUAAAAAUCAGACUAAAUUUUCUCUUUUUUUUUCACCCCUGUGACUUAUUGAAAUAAACAUUAUAGAAGUUCUCAGGGAUUUUCGACCCUCGAGAAUACUGUAAUAUAUCAAUCUUCGUUUAAAUUUUUCAAAAAAUUUUCUCAGGAUCCGAAAAAAACGAAUGCACUUAAAAAUAAUUCGACGGAAAUUUUGCGCCUACGCUCUUAAAAAGAAUUAAACGAUUAUACAUUUUUGAUGAUGAAAUGAAGUUUUUUUUUAUUUAAACAAUAUAAAUACACCUAAUCUACAAGAUUAAUCAGUAUUUUUUCUUUAACCUAAUUUCCCUAAAAAUGUUUGUAAACUAGAUGUCACCUGGUCCAUCCUAGUUUUUUUUUUACAUGAAAUGCCCACUUCUUUGUUGUGGCUACACAGCACAGCACUGACUCUGCUUUUCACUAAUUUCUCACGUCUUUGUUGUGGCUACAAUACAAUGCACAACACUAAGCCCGGCACAACUUCACACAUUACACGAGCUCGAACGGUUUAGUCCUCUUGAGCCUUCGCAUCUGGGGUUCGUUGACAAGAAGCUGAAGUGCUUCAUGGUUGGGAUGCUUAUGGAGCCUCUCUUCAUGUCUCCUGGCGACUUUCUUAAUUUCAUUUGGAAUAGAUUCGAUUUUAAGAUCUCUACGCAAAUCGUCAUUCCGAACAUACCAAGGGGCACAUACAAUAUUCCUUAAUAUUCGGUUCUGGAGCGUUUCUAAAUUUCGGUAAUUGCUUUUUUUUGGUACAGCCCCAUAAUUGUAGGCCAUAGGUCCAAACCGGUUUCAAUAUCUUUGGUAAAUUAGUACUUUGUUCUGGAUGGAAAGUUGAGAGUACCUACCUAUUAGCCAAUACAUAUUUUUGUACUUUAUAUUCAACUGUUCAGUUUUCUUUUUAACGUGCUCCUUCCAUUUUAGUUUGACGUCGAGAUUUAAACCCAGGUAUUUCGCUGUUUUUUUAUUAGGAACAACGUUGUUGUUUAGAAUAAUUGAAAGAUUAUUGAUUUUCUUGUUAGUGAAGUUAAUAUGAACUGACUUAUAUUCAUUAAACUUUAUACGCCAUUUUUUGGACCAGCCUUCUAUGCCAUUAAUUGCAUUUUGUAAGUUAAUCGUAGAUUCCUCUAUAGUUGCUCCUAUGGUCAGGACUGCUGUAUCAUCAGCAAAUGUGGCCAGUUGGAUGUUUUCCCUCUCCGGAAUGUCAGAUGUGUACAAAAGGUAUAGUAUUGGUCCAAGAACGCUACCUAGCGGAACCCCUGCAUUUAUUUGCUUUAACUCAGAGUACUCGUUUUCCAUUUUAACUCUAAAUGUUCGCUGGUGUAGGUAUGACUGCAAUAUUUCAACGAGUUGCAUAGUGUGUUGGAAUAAUAUUUUUUUGUUCAAUUAUAUGGUUCAUUCUUCGUAGUAGUAAUUUUUCAAACACCUUUGAGAUUAUGGAUAGUAAGGAGAUUGGCCUAUAUGAUGUUAAUUCAUGGUUAUCUUGUCCUACUUUGGGUAUCAUUAUAACCUCUGCAGUUUUCCAAAGGAUGGAAACAUAUCUAAGCCUAAAGGAUGCAUUUAUUAGUGUGCUUUACUAUGGCUUGUCUAGGUAAUUUUUUUAGUAUCUCAUCAUUGAUGAAAUGAGGUAUUACAUGAAGUAUUUUCCCAUUUAAAAAAAUCAAAGUUAUGGCUGUCACUUGAAGAGGGCUCGCGUAAAGUUCGAAACAUUAAUGCUAUAAUAUAUAAUGAUUAUUUUAAAAAUCGACCAGUCCGAGCGUUUCGCUUAUGUGCUAAAAAUAAAUAAGUUAAUAAGGGGGGGGGGGUAACACUUAUUCCAGUGCACUGUAUAUAAUUCUAUAUUAUGAUUAGUAUUCUUGUUUAAUUAUUAUUAGUAAUUUAAUCUAAUUUAUUCCAUACAUUUGUUCGAUUUGUUAAAUAAUGUUUUGUGUAUUCUUGUGUUUAUCGUUACUUUUAGGAUUGAAUAUAUUUUCGAGACAAUUGAUUAUGUUCAUUUUUUAAAAAGAUAUAAAUAAAACAUUUUCAGAAUACUUAA